AAAUGAAGUAUCAUUUUGGAGAUACUUAAAAUGCUGUUAAUAUAAUUGGACAAUAAAUAGAUACUUGCAAACCCAAACGGCUUUCUAAAUAGGAUACCAAGAAAAUAGCAAAGCUUAUUGUUUUUUAUUUUCAGAGGUUUAUGUUAAAAAUAUAAGGAAUUCUAUUUUAUUAUGAAUUUUAAGCCUAAGGAAUUAAUCAAAAAUAUUUAUAUAAAAUGGAUUCGCCAAAGGAAUAAUAAAACGAUGAGCAUGUGACUUAAUAGGCUUAAACUCAUCUUAUUUAAUUGGAUGUAGAAGAAACGAUAACUGCUCCGGUGAAGAGACCAGCGCCUAAAACUUUUGGGGAUUUAACAAUCAUAUUUAUUUUCGAAACUAUUGGGACAGGAUUAUUUGCUUAUGGAAUAGUGGCAUCAAAUGGAUCAGACGUUUUGAUUUCAGCUUAUUUAUAUGCAGCCAUAUUUUUGACUUGCAAAUUCACUGGAGGACAUGUUAAUCCAGCAGUGUCUUUCAGUUUUUAUUGUGAUGAUACUAUAAGUUCAUGGACUUUGAGAAUCUAUUGGACUGCGCAAUUGUUGGGGGCUGUGGGAGGAGCUUGGGUGGCAUAUCUAAUUUUGGGUGUAGUGACAUCUCCGAGCAUAAAGAGUACAAAUAUAGAAUGGAUGUUGGCAGAUUUAUGUGGAGAGGCUUUGGGGACGUUUAUGUUUGUGCUUUUCAUUCACAUACAAGUUCAUGAAUAGACGAAAUAGACGAAUAAUGACAUAGCAGGAAUACUUUGGAUUGCCUUGGCCCUGUUUUUCUCUAGACAACUGUCAUCACAUACUGGAGGUUGUUUGAAUCCAGCAAUGGGAGUUGGGUUAGAAUUAUUUGAAGCCUUUUGGUUGAAUGACACUACGAAGCUAGCCAACUUUUGGGUAUUUUUGUUUGCUCCUUUGUUUGGGGCAUACAUGGCAUCGACCUUUUAUAACUCGAUUUAUCUAUCCUUAAAAAAGUGA